UAUUUUUAAUUACGGAAAAGGAUUUGGGAUUUAUGAUAAUUGAUACCCUUCUUUACUACAACGCGAAACUUCUUCUUAUUGUUUUGGUGAAUGUAAAACGCGAAACUUCGAUCCCUAUGUACGCAGUGGGAAGAUCAUCGUAAGGUGACCUGCGUACGACGUCGCUGGACCUGCCGCCUCCUGUUCGCCCCCACACUCUAUCUAUCUAACUGUAUGUAUAGAUUUAUACUCUGAGCUUACAAUUCCCAUUGCAUGGUGCCUCCACUUCUUCUGACUCAACGGAUGCCUCUGUCUCCAUCCACGAUCCUCGCUUCUUGCUUCUCGCUGUUCCAAUUCUCCUCUUUCUACUGUCCAACCCGCUGUUCUUCUUUCCUUCUCUCUGAACUUGCUAGCUGAAAUUCAGGCGAUAAUCGAUAUGGAGGGAGUUUUCAAGAAUUCUGAUAAUGGGCUGCUCGAAUUCUUCAAGAGGGAGAUGGGUUUUUGCUCUCCCAGGAUUUUCUCGCGCCGCAUGUCUGCUUCCGAGACCCUGAUCAAGCAGAUUGAUUUGUAUGGAAAACUUACUGGACACCAGGGUUGUGUAAAUACAGUUGAGUUCAACUCUACUGGUGAGCUUCUCGUGUCAGGUUCAGAUGACAGACAAAUCAUGCUCUGGGAUUGGGCAGCACGGAAACUAAAAUUUUCUUAUCCAUCUGGCCAUUUGGACAACAUUUUCCAGGCUAGAUUCAUGCCAUUUACUGAUGACCGCAAAAUAGUAACUUCAUCUGCUGAUUGCCAGGUUAGGCUCAGCCAGUUGUUGGAGAAUGGUUCAGUAGAAACAAAGAGAUUAUCCAAGCACCAAGGUCGUGUUCACAGGCUUGCUGUCGAACCAGGAAGUCCUUAUGUGUUUUACAGUUGCGGGGAGGAUGGUUUUGUCCAGCAUUACGAUCUACGAAGUAAUUCUGCUACCAAGCUUUUCUAUUGCUCAUCCAUCGGAGAAAACAAUCGGUCUUCAAGUAGUAUUGGGCUGAAUUCCAUUGUUAUUGACCCAAGAAAUCCUAAUUAUUUUGCUGUAGGAGGUGCUGACGUUUAUGCACGUGUUUACGACAUCAGGAAUUAUGAUGUAAAUGCAUCGACCAAAGCAGGAAGUCCUGUUGACACUUUUUGUGCUCGUCACCUUAUUGGGACCCGCGACGCUCACAUUACAGCACUAGCUUACUCCAGAACAAGUGAACUGCUCAUCUCGUACAACGAUGAGCUCAUAUAUUUGUUCCAAAAGAACAUGGGAUUGGGUCCUCAUCCUACGUCUUCCUCAUCUGAAGACUUGCAUAAACUGGUGGACGCACAAGUAUAUUCCGGUCACAGAAACUCCCAAACUGUCAAAGGAGUCAAUUUCUUUGGUCCCAAUGAUGACUACAUCCUAAGUGGGUCCGACUGCGGUCAUAUAUUUAUCUGGAAAAAAAAGGACGGUGAACUUGUCCGUCUGAUGGUUGGUGAUAGACAUAUCGUGAAUCAGAUGGAACCCCAUCCAACGAUUCCACUUCUUGCUUCCUGUGGGAUAGAGAAAACUAUAAAGCUUUGGGCCCCAUCUUCAAAUGUCGUUAGCCCUCUGCCAGAUAAUGUUCAGGAGAUAAUGGAAGCCAAUAGGCAAGGUCGGGAGGACCAUUCACGGGUAACUCUUACUCCUGAUGUGAUCAUGCAUGUUUUGCGUCUGCAUAGGAGGCAAGCACGGGUGUAUAUCGAGAGAAGAUAUAACAGAGAAGAUGUUGAGAGUGAUAAUGAUGGUGACGAAGGGGAGUCUUAUGUUCUGGGAUUUUCCGAUGGCGAUCCUUCCGAGGAGGGUGGAAACUCCAGAGAGUGUAACAUUAGCUAGAUCAGACAUGUAAUUAUAUCCGAGCUUUACCUUUUUCUGUUUAUUCUUGCUGCUUCUUGUAUAAUCGAGCGCAUUUUUUGUAAUUCAAGAUUUGAUGUUUGGGCCACACUUCCUCUUGUGGAAUAUCCUUUAGUGCAGAGGCCUUGAUAAAAA